AUGAGCAAAAAAACGAUCACAAGGAGACAUAGCUACGGUCCCUUAAAAAGAAAAGCAGGAAGUCACGAUAAGCUGCCACAGAUGGUAGACUAUACAAAUCAUCCAACUCUGGCUAAAAGGGCUACAGAGUCCGAGGGAGUUAAAGAUGGUGGAAAUCUUCAACGAAGCUCGGAGCUUACCCAGGGAAUGCUUAAGAUUUUGAAUGACAGAUACGCUGAUCCUGGAAAGAUUGGAGCCAAAACUUUGGUAGAUUGGUUUAUGACCAGGGGUGGCAAGGAGCCAAGACGCAAGUACCAGGCUGAAGUGGUCAACAAUUUCUGUCACUCAAACGAGCUUCAAGAACUCCGGUCUAACAGCUCCAAUAUCUCAUCCAGAAAGUCAUGUCUCAUUGAUGAUAGAACGGUCAACGGUACCACACCGACCAGCAAUGGCAACCGGAAGCCACUGACCUCCCACGGGAUGUAUGUUAGACUUGUGGAAAAGAGAUUCCACGAGCCGCCGUCUAACGGGGGCAUCAAAAAGCCCAACACAGACCAUAGACUGCUUCAUUACGAACCCAGAUAG